AUGGCAGCUGCCAUGGUUGCUUCCCCUUCAUUUCUGGGGACGUGCUGCAGCUCAUUUCAUAUCAGGAAAACGUCUUUUAAAGGAUGCAUCCACAACAGCAAUGUUGGGUUCAGUGUGAAAGCCAUAUUUUGGGAAUCAAGGAAGGCGGUGGAGCCUACAAAACUGGACCUGUCCAUUGGUGACUUCAGUUUGACUGACUUUCGUUCUGAGGAUGGCACAACUGAUUCAGGUAAAGCCAGAAAGCUAUCAGUUUGCGUGGUAUCUUCUAUCUCCAAGAUUUCUCCGGAUGAGUGGGAUGCUUGCAGUCUUGAUGCAGAAGGUCAGGAGAAAUAUAACCCAUUUCUCUCCCACGGUUUUCUUUUGAGCCUGGAGGAGUCAGGCUGUGCAGUGAAGGAAACAGGUUGGGUUCCUCAGCAUCUCAUUGCUCGGGAUGACUAUAAUAAUGUUCUCGGAGUGGUUCCUCUUUACUUGAAGAGCCAUUCUUAUGGUGAAUACGUGUUCGAUCAUUCAUGGGCUGAUGCCUAUUACAGUUAUGGGUCGAGAUAUUAUCCAAAGUUACAAUGUUGUGUGCCGUUCACUCCAGUAACUGGCUCGAGGAUCUUAGUUCGUAAUACGGAUUACAAAGAUCAGGUCUUUGAUAUUUUAGUCUCUGCUUUGGUGGCACUUACAAUUCAGUUUCAAGUUUCAUCUCUACACGUCACUUUUCCCUCUGCUGGUGAGUGGGGGAAAUUGAAGGAGAAGGGUUUCCUGCAAAGAAUUGGUAUGCAGUAUCACUGGAAAAAUCGUAAUUACAAAAGUUUUGAUGAAUUCUUGAUGGACAUGAAGCAAAGUAAAAGGAAAAAUAUUCGUCAAGAGCGCAAGAAGAUUUCUGUCCAGAAUUUGACCAUGCGACGCCUAAGAGGAUACGAAAUUAAGGCUAAGCACUGGGAUACAUUCUAUAAGUUCUACAGAAAUACUACAGAUAACAAGUGGGGUAGUGCUUAUCUAACAAGGGAUUUUUUCCACAAUAUGGCUUCAAAGAUGGGUGAUAAUGUGCUUCUGGUUACAGCCCAAGAAGAGGACAAACUUGUUGCUGGUGCACUUAAUCUUAUUGGUGGAGAUACUUUAUAUGGGCGCUUAUGGGGAUGCCUUCCUGAAGCAUACUACCCGAGUCUACACUUUGAAGCCUGCUACUACCAGGCCAUAGAAGCAGCUAUCGAACUAAAUCUUGACAAGGUGGAGGCUGGGGCUCAAGGUGAGCAUAAAAUUCAGAGGGGUUAUAUGCCGGUGACGACCUACAGCAGUCACUAUAUUGUGGAUGAAGGCUUCAGAAAAGUCAUUUCGGAUUACUUGCUACGAGAAAAAGCUCAGCUUGAACUCGUGAUGAAGUUAUUACAAGAUUCUGGCCCGUUCAAGGAUAACGUCGCGUGA